AUGGACUCUGACGAUGAGUAUAUGUCUGGUAUGAGUAGCGAUGGAGACCACGUUUUAGAGUACGAGAGUGACGAUGGAUCAGCAGACGAGUUUGAUUUGGACGAGCCAGAACCGAAUCUAGAAUGCACCCACAAAAAUCAUAUAUUACAAGAGAAGACAUAUCACCAAGUUCCUUAUAAGGUCUUUUGCCCUAAUGAUAUUCAAGCUCAGCAGGAAAAUUUUAUCGACGAAGUCAACAUGAUCUUGGAUCUUAGAAAGGAGGAGGCUGCCAUCUUACUACGUCAUUUUCGAUGGAAUAAAGAGCGUCUUAUCGAAGAAUACAUGGAUAAUUCGAGGAGUGUGCUUGAAGAUGCCGGCUUAGGAAGAUCUAGUUCAGGCCCUCCUACUUUAGAGGCUAUCCCCGGCUUUUCCUGUGAUAUUUGCUGCGAGAAUAAUGCUGGCCUACAAUCAUUUGCCAUGAAGUGCGGUCAUAGAUACUGUAUCGAUUGUUACAGACAGUACUUGCAUCAAAAAAUUAAAGAGGAAGGGCAGGCAGCCCGUAUUCAAUGUCCGCAUGAUGGGUGCAACCGAAUCAUGGAUGCAAAGUCGUUAGACCUCCUAGUCACACCUGAACUACGCAGUCGUUACCAGGAACUACUUACCAGAACAUAUGUGGUAGAUAAAGAGAAGCUAAAAUGGUGUCCAGCUCCAGACUGCGUAAAUGCUAUUGAGUGCGGGAUUAAAAAAAAGGACCUUGUGAAAAUUGUUCCUACCGUGACUUGUGAUUGCAAGUAUCGAUUUUGCUUUGGAUGUGGGCAUGCGGAUCAUCAACCGGCCCCUUGUGAACUCGUCAAAAAAUGGCUAAAAAAAUGCGCCGACGAUUCGGAAACUGCAAACUGGAUCUCAGCAAAUACUAAAGAGUGUCCUACAUGUAAUUCUACAAUUGAGAAGAAUGGUGGGUGUAAUCACAUGACAUGUCGGAAAUGCGGGCAUGAGUUUUGCUGGAUGUGUAUGGGUUUGUGGUCCGAACACGGAACGAGCUGGUACAACUGCAACAGAUUCGAGGAAAAGAGUGGAUCUGAGGCACGAGAUGUCCAAACAAAGUCUCGUGUUUCCUUAGAACGGUACCUUCACUACUACAAUCGUUAUUCGAAUCAUGAACAAUCAGCCAAAUUGGAUAAAGAUAUUUUAUUGAAGACAGAAAAGAAAAUGAUGAUGCUACAAUCAGCCUCGGGUAUGUCAUGGAUUGAAGUUCAAUAUUUAAGUACCGCUUCACACGCUCUUCAAACUUGUCGUCAGACGUUGAAGUGGACAUAUGCUUUCGCAUUCUACCUAGCGCGGAAUAAUCUGACUGAGAUGUUUGAAGAUAAUCAGAAAGAUUUAGAAAUGGCCGUUGAGGCAUUGUCGGAGAUGUUUGAAAGGCCUAUCAUGGAACUUGCUGAUUCUAAAUUAAAAGUCGAGAUUAUGGAUAAGACUUCAUAUUGCAACAAGCGGAGGCUGAUACUUUUGGCUGAUACGGCAUACAAUCUUGCAAAUGAGGUAUGGUCUUGGUCCAUAGAAUUCUGA